GCUGUUCGUUGUCACAGUGUAGAACUAGGCUCUAUGGUUGGUUAUAAACGCGGGUUUGUAGGAGAAAUGUGAGAGGAAGAUGGCGACGUUGAAAGAGGAACAGUCGUACGGACUAUCUUGUGGUAGACUGAGUAACGGCAAAAACACGUCGAUAUUUCACGUUAAACUCACUGACAGCGCACUCAGAGCCAUCGAGAACUACCAAAGUAGCAAGGGAUCAACUCUUCAACCAUCCAUCCAAUUCACUGGAAGCCAAGGGAGAAUUAGGAUUCCUCGCAACAGGGCCACAGCGGAAGAAGGAUGUUUGGCAUUCAGCUUCUACCUGUCUCACGUGGGGCGGGAUGGGCCUCAGGGAAGCUUCGACUGUAUCCAGCAGUACACCGCAUGCGAUGGGGCUGUGGAGCUGGACUGCUUGGGUGUCAUCCAAGACAAGAUCACGGUGAACGCCACGGACGACUCGUACCAGAAGGCUCGGCAAAACAUGGCCCAGGUGGAGAAGGAGACAAGGCAGCGAGGAGCCAUCGUCAUCAAGCAAGGCGGACGCUGCAUCAGUAAGCGAGUGCAGAUCCGCAAGCCGGGGCGGGGUGGGUCAGGCCUGCCGGGCGUGAUGACCCCAACGUGGCGCUCCCAUCUGUCCCGCCAGGCGGCCGCCUCUCCUCCCGUGCGGACAGGAACGGGCAGACCCAAACAGGUGGGUAAUGAUGCGGCGGCGGCGGUGGCGGCGAUGCCGAUCCGGGCGCGUCUUGUCCACCUGCUGGUGCUGAAGCCAUACCGCCGGGCGGAGCUGGUGCUCAGGCUGGAGAGGGACGGGCUGGCCCCGGACGACAAGGACGCCAUCGACAACCUGCUGGCACAGGUGGCCAACCAAAAUGAGAGGAACCGCUCGUUCUCCCUGAAGGAGGAGGUGCUGGGUGAGGUGAAUAGGUCCUGGCCCGGGUACACAGUGGGAGACCAGCAGCUACUCAAGAGGAUACUGCUCACCAAGGCCAGGAAGUUGGGUCAGUCCCAGAACCUUCUGUCGUCACCGGCAACAGUGGAACUAACAAGAAGUCCACAAAGGGAGCAGGCAAAUUCGUCACCGUCACAGAGACGGCCAGCGCCAGAGUACAUCGACCCUGUAGCCAAUAAGAAGCCCCGUAUAUCUCACCUGGCCAGCCGAGGUGACAAUCAGGUAAAUGGCGCGCUGGCUCAGGAGAGAGCGGCCAGCCCGGCACCCACGGUUACCAUGGCAUCCGAGCCCCGCCUCCCGCGUCUGGAAAUCCCGCAUCCAUCUGAUCCUCUUGACGUGAGACCGGAUUCAGGAGCCAACGGCCGGGACUGUGAGGGUUCUAACACCUCUGCCCCGUCCGACAGACUAGGACAGACGUCAUGCGUCUCUACGACAACGCGUCAAUCCCUACCCGUGCUGCCGCCCUCCAUCCAGCCUGCUGACGCGUCGUCCGCAGCCUCCUCGCACAAGAGCAAGAGUCACAAGAAGACAAAGAAGCACAAAGACAAGGAGAGAGAGGGCGGCCGGGCGAAGGACAAGAGUAGAAGGAGGAGCAAAGAUGUGGACGGCACCACACCUGAGGAUGUGAACACUGCCGACGCUCUGACUAGAGUCACAGAUCUCAAUGGGUCGUAUGAACACCAAACUCUUACCACAACAGCAUCAGAUCCAGAGGAGUAUUUAAAAACGUACACUCGUAUCGUGUCCCAGGAGCAGCGGCAGAAGUACAAGAGCGACUUCAACGUGGAGUACAACGAGUACCGCAAGCUGCACGCCCACAUCGAGGCUGUGACGCGGCACUUCACCAUCCUGCACGGCCAGAUCAAGGAGCUGCAAAAGGACUCCGACCAGUACCAGACCAUUCGCAAUCAGAUAUUUCAAGAGUAUCGUCAAAUCAAAAAGGACAACCCCAACUACAGCCAGGACAAGAGUCGCUGUGAAUACCUACACCGCAAACUAGCACACAUCAAGAAAACCAUCGGGGAGUAUGAUCACAAGCAGCUGUAGUGCCUCUGCAGUGGGGCAUUGGAUGGUUUUUUUCUUUUUCUUUUUUUACGAAGUCUGGUUUCCAGAAGGCCAAUAGGUGGGCAACCACCUGGUUCUGUGGUCAGUCUUGACCAGACAGUAAAAUGAGCUGAAAAUGUUGUGGCUAAUAUGGACUGGUGUUGGAUCAUCACAGUCAUGGAUGAAACUGCCUUUACCACGAAGAAAGUGUUUAUGUUUGUCUCUUUAAAAGUGCAAUCGGUGACUAUGAGUAAUAAUGAUGUAUUUGCUUUUGUCUGGGUUUAUGCUUGAAGGUUUUUUCAAGCAUUUUUUAAUCUUGUGUAACUAAUUAAUAUUGGCAACAAAUGACUUAUCGAAAGAUGAGAGGGAUAAAUCGUCCCCCCUCAAGUGAUUUUAUUCUUUAGCUCUCCAGAGUAUGGGAUGAGUAAGAAGAAUGUUUUUUUUGUUUUAGUGUAUGCUGAGUAUACACAGUAAAUAGUAUCUGAUUUUUUUUUCAGUUAAAUGUAUAAGAAGCUGUUUAAUGUUACAAAAAAAAGUGUUUGCUGCGUGUUUACAUGACACCAAAAAUCACCGAUGGCACUUUUAAAGGGAUCAGUCCAAUUUGUUAAAACUGAAAUCUGAUGACCCAAAGACUCUUACUCUUGUCUAAUUACCAUGACAUGGUUUUGGGCUGUCAUUCUGAACACUGAACUUGGCAUUACACUGUUAAUCCCAUGCGCUGGAUGAGCAACCUUUACUACAGAUAUUUCUAGACUGUUCUGCCUCCUGCCCCAAUCCGUGAUGGAUCUUUUGCACAUGGACUUAAGGGAGUAUGAAGCUAAGAAGACUUUUCAACCAGCAUGUGUUUUUUAAUACUACGACUGUCCUUGACUUUGAUGGUUAUUUUUCCAGUAUGUUUUAUGAUUUAAUUUAUUGUUAAUAUGUUGUUUUUGUUUUCGUAAUUGUUAUGUGUUCUCUGUUAUCCUAAUGGAUAUGUACAAUCCUGGAUGUAAUAAAGAAAAGUGAUCCAUUUCUAUGUCUUACUUACUAGUAAAUUAUACAACAGUGUUAUACAUGUCCUGACAUACUGUCCAUGGCCUUUUUUUGCAAGUCAAUGUGUAUGGUAUUCUUUGGGAGCCAGGCCCAUGGAGUUGUGUCCAUUUUUUUUUUUUGUAAUCCUCAGUCUGUGAACAUCAACAAUCAAUGCCACUGACACAUGGAGACAGGCUCAAGUCAGUUUUUGGUGGGGAACAUUUGCUCCUUUGCAGCUGAAUAUUUUUGUCAAAGCAAAGUGAGCCAAUUAUGCAUGGAUAUUAUUUAUGACAAAACCGUGCAAAUGUUCUGUUUGCGACUGUGAUUUUACCAGACUGUUCCAAAGUCCUUGAUUAUGAGACGUAAUUACUAUAACAAGGAUUCACAUGGCGUCCCCUAUACCAAACACUUGUUUUGUUUUGUUUUCUUUUCCUGGUGGCCUUUUCGGUCUUGUGUCCUCUGUGUUCUCAAAAUUGUUGCCAUUGGAUUGUUGUGCAUCAUCUUCAGGUUGAUGUUGAUUUUGCACUUCUGUCUUACUGUUGCAUGCUGAAUGCACCAUGUUUCAGUUUUUGGCUCAGCUGUUCAGGAAGUUGAAAAUUAAACUUCAACACUUUGGGAAAUUACAUGUCACGUAUUUAUUGAUGCUUGUUGGAUGAGUUCUUGGUAGCCUACACGUGUGGGAAUGAGCCAGGUGCCCUUUUUAAUUGUGGUGUGGUUUCUAAAUAAAAGUAGCCUACAGGAAACCCAACUGUGUAAGCCCCUAAGGCUUCUU